GCAAUCGUACGAGACAAAUCUGCAUGAUACUGUGGAAAAGGAAAUAGUCUGAGACGUUGAUGGCUCCUCGGUCCAGCUAUGUUGGCUUUUCAGCUUCGAAACUGCCGAUGAGUAUGCUGCCACGCAUGUGGAAGGAUGAUUCCAGUUGCUGCUAUUCUGGUAUAACAGAUCAAUCUUCCAGCUCUCAAAGAUGACUCACUACGAAAAAUCACCGUCGUGGUUACUGGAUUUCAUAGACUUCGAGCUCGAGCUCUGUUCGAUGAAGUCAGAAAAAUAAUGACAGAGGAAUGUGUCAAUCCGUUUCGACGACUCCAAACUCAGCAUAUGCGGAAGUAAACAGUCGGUAAAAUCGGUAUUUUGUAUUUUGAAGCUAGGUUGACAUGAAGUCGAAGAAGCCGUCGAUGAGUACUUUGCAGAUGAAUGUGCUGGCAAUUGUGAUUCUCGCGUCGUGUUUCCUCUUGUCUGUCCUUCUGAAUUAUGUCUCGGCUCAAGGUAUUGAGCAGCACUAUUUGGAGCUGGGUCCUCUGGACGAAGCUGCGGAUGUCUCAGAGUGGGAUGCUAUUUUAGAAGCCUACGCCAAAGACUGGAACAGCGAUAAAGCAUCAGCCUCCAAGAAUGUCAUCUGCGACUCAGUCCACUGCGAGGGAGCGGUUUUCUGAGGGUGCCAAAUGCUUUUAUUCCUGUGCUGAAAGCGUGAAUAAACCAUGGAAGCAGCCUCUGCAUCAGGUGAUUGAAGAGCAACUUCAGGUGUAUAUUUGAGGUGAUAUAUGAGCAGAUCUGGUUUCCUUCAACAAGGGGGAUAUCUGUCAGUUUUAGAUUUCACUUCGAUAUCCCUGCUCAUGGUGACAGAAAUGCUCAUCACAGACGUAGAACUGAACUUCAUGAAUGACACAAACUGAUGAUAGCUUGGACUUAAGGAGUGCGGCAGACGAUGACAUGAUUGUAUUGCAAAAAAUCUGUAUGUCAAUGAGAUUAUCCCUAGAAUUCAAUGCAAGACGUAGUCGAGUCGAGUUGGACUAUUUCCAUUUUUAUAAGGCAGGAUGAUUUGUCUAGACAAAGCGUUGACACAAAUCAGAAUGUGACGCUCAGUGUACAUGCCGUUUCACAGUUAUGUUACUCAAAUUAGU